CGUCACCACUGCCAGAUUGCUAAGCAUGGCAUGAUAUAAAGACCCAACCUUGGCCUCAAUUGUGCCCGCAGCACCAUCUCGUCUUCAAUUGCACCCGCUUCUCAAUUGCAUUCCCCAGACGCCCGCCUACCCCGCCAUCACCACUGUAAACAUGGCGAACCCCCACCAUGGCGUUACAGCUGCGGUUGAAGAAGAGGACCACAUCACCAACCGUGCAGCUGCUGGGAUUUCCUACUUCACGCCUGCACAGCUCCCACCAGCUGGUACCGCUCUGCACAUGAAGGAUGAGGGAAAGCCAAUUCCCAAACUCUUCACGCCAUUGAAGAUUCGGGGCCUUACUCUGCAGAAUCGCAUUAUGCUGUCCCCCCUCUGCCAAUACUCCGCCCAAGACGGCCACCACACAGCCUGGCAUCUGACCCACCUUGGGGGAAUCAUCCAGCGCGGCCCCGGGAUCGCCUUCGUCGAAGCCACCGCCGUAGUCCCCGAGGGCCGCAUCACACCUGAAGACAGCGGACUAUGGAAAGACUCCCAGAUCGAGCCGCUGAAGAAGAUCACCGAGUUCGCGCAUAGCCAGGGCCAGAAAAUCGGCAUCCAACUCGGCCAUGCCGGACGCAAAGCCAGCACCGUCGCUCCAUGGCUCUCAGCCGGCGACGUCGCGCCCGUCAAACUCAACGGCUGGCCCGACAACGUCUACGGCCCCAGCGCAAUCCCCUACAACCCCAAACACGCCAUGCCCAAAGAAAUGACCCUCGCCGACAUCUCCACCUUCAAAGCCGCCUUCAAAGCCGCCGUCGAGCGCGCCCUCGUCGCCGGCUUCGACGCCAUCGAGAUCCACAACGCCCACGGCUACCUGCUGCACACCUUCCUCUCGCCCGCCUCGAACCACCGCACGGACCAGUACGGCGGCAGCUUCGAGAACCGCACGCGCCUGACACUCGAGAUCGUCGAUAUCGCGCGCGCGACGAUCCCGGACACCAUGCCGCUGUUCUUGAGGAUUAGCGCGACGGAUUGGCUCGAGGAGACGGAUGUGGAGGGCUGGACGGUCCCGCAGACGGUGAGGCUGGCCGAGAUCCUGGCUGAGCGCGGGGUCGAUCUGCUAGAUACUAGUUCGGGGGGGUUGCAUGAGAAGCAGCAGAUCAAGGGGGGCCCGGGGUAUCAAGUGCCGUUCGCGAAAGCGGUGAAGGAGAAGGUUGGGGAUAAGCUGCUGGUAGGGGCUGUGGGGACGAUCACUGAGGGAACGCAGGCGGAGAAGAUACUCGUGGAAAAUGAUCUGGAUCUGGCGACUGCGGGGCGCAUGUUCCAGAAGAAUCCCGGGUUGGUGUGGGCGUGGGCGGAUGAUUUGGGGGUCGUUUGUCAGUGGGCGAAUCAGAUUCGCUGGGGGUUUGGGGGGAGGGGGCAGAAGAGUGGGAAAUAG